UAUAUAGAAAUAAUUAUAAAUUAAGCGCUAAUAAAGUAAUUAACUGCUUUAUUAGAUUUAUAACUAUAUAUAGGGAGACUUUUAAGUAA